AUGGGCGGGCCUGGGCCAGCUCGGACUCAGCCGUGCCCCCUGGACUCUCAGCUCCAUCAACACCGGGGAAAAGGUCCUCCGUACAAAAAGUCUGCCGGGGUCACGGACCGCAGAGAGGAUGAGCCUCGUCCAACUGGGGAUGGACGAAGCCUCCAGAAAGUCCCUUUCCUGAGCGAGACACCUCCGUGUGACGCCCAGGUUCAGGACGCUCUGGAGAGCAGCGUCCACCCAGCUGUAGCGGAGUCCAUCGUCCGCCAGUCCAUGGCCCACCAAUGCCGUCCCUCUGUCCCUGGGAAAGCUGAGCCGACUUCUUCUUUUUCCUCUCCGGGGGACAAUCGAUCUCCAGGCCAACGGAAAUUGUUGCAGACAGAGUAUUUUGAGCUUCCUCGGCCAGGGAACAUCUUAUUGGAAAAGUUCCUGUGUAAGACGAGCGGAGAGGAGAAUUUAAAGAAGGGCCAACGAUGGGACCAGGGAACCAAAGCUUUCUCUGUGGCGUCAGCCACAGCUUUGGUCGCGAGGUCAGUCACAGACAAGUCUUCCCCAGCCGGGGGAGACUUCUCUACAACCGCUCCCUCGCCCUCAUGUUCCGCCGUCUCUGAACAAACUUCCCCGGCCGGGUCAGUUUUCGUCGUCGACACAGCUCUGAGCUGUGUGAGCGGCGCCGCAGGUUUGAUCCGUGUGUUUGGAUACGAGGGGAGCGAUGUGACGGUUUCCUGUCCGUACGAUCCAGGAUAUGAGAGAUACCAGAAGUACCUGUGUAAGAACAGCUGUGGCUACAGUGAUUUUCUCAUCAAGACCUCACAAGAAAAUGAAACCAAAUACUCCGUUUACGACGACAAAAGAGCAAGAGUCGUCGCAGUGACCAUCUCUGGUCUUCGUUUGGAGGACGCGGGAAUAUUGAAAAAAGAAGAACAAAAUGCAAGAGGAGAAAAAAACCUCGAGGUUCUGCCACCUAGCAUCACGACAGAAGUGCAUCAGCAUCAGAGCAGCAUUACUACCACACCACCAGCAUCAGAGGAACAGGAUAAAGUGGAUUAUCAUCAGAGCACCACAAUGAAAACCACAACACCACUGGUUUCUGAGGAACUGACUGAAGCACCUGUAAGCAGCGCUGCAGGUUCGAUCCAGGUGUUUGGAUAUGAGGGCGGAGACGUGAACCUCUCCUGCCCCUACGAUCGGGGAUUCGAGGGUCGUCAGAAAUACCUGUGCAACAACAACUGUCGUUACGCCGAUGUUCUUAUAACAACGUCACAAGGAAGCAGUGGAAAAUACUCCAUUCACGACGAUAAAACAACCCGAGUUUUCACAGUGACCAUAUCUGCCCUUCGACUUCAUGACGCUGGGAAAUACUGGUGUGGCGUGACAAGGAUAGGAAAAGAUAUAAGCAUUGAAAGAAAGCUGGAAGUAAAAGCAGACAGAUGUUGUGACACGGUGAAUAAAAUCCAAAGUACUGAGGAAGGUUCAGUGACCAUCAGCUGUUCGUACGACUCUCAGUCUGUCGACAAGCUGAAGUUCUUCUGCAGAGGAAACCGGUCCUCCACAUGUCGACAGCAGGCAGUGAUCACCUCUAGCAACACACAAAAUGGACGAUUCAGACUCUCUGAUGACAGGAAGUCAAGAAUAUUCACAGUGACCAUUUCUAGUCUGACCCUGAAGGAUUCUGGGUCGUAUCUUUGUGGAGUCCAGAGAAUCUCAGGAUUUGAUGUUUUCUAUACUGUUGAACUAGAGGUCAAAGCAGAGUCGUGCUGUGCAAAGUCACAGAACAUGAGUGGUGUGAUGGAGCAUAGUGUGACCUUCCUGUGCCCUUAUGCACCCCAGCAUCCCAAUGACACAAUGUUUCUCUGCAAGGGAGACAGAGCCAGCAACUGCACAAACAUGAUGGAUCAAAGUCGGUUCAUUCUGAUCAAUGUUUCCUCCAGCUCUUUCUCUGUCACAGUCACGAAGCUGGAAGCAGGAGAUGCUGGAACGUACUGGUGUGGCUCCGGCCCAGAGGCGAAUGUUGGAAACUCCACCCGCUUUCAUCUUUCUGUAGGUGAGAGAGGCAUCUACAGAAACCACCUCACUGAAAACAACCUCAGUUUUGUACAUCAGGUGUAA